AUGACUUCUCCUACUAAAGAAGGAAGUGAUGCCGCUGAAAAUGAUCUCAAAAAUUUAGAAAAUGAAGUUCCACAUGAAUGUAGUACAGAUAUCAAGCCUUCAUUUGCUGAUUCUAAUAUUAUCACUCAUGUGGAAAGCAACCCAGUGAACAGGGAGCUAGACAUACCGACCUCCCAGGGGCAUGUUGUUUGUCAAGCAGUAGAGGACAAUGAGUUUGAAGUUGAGAAGACCCAAAAAGAUCUUCAACAAGAGCAUUUAAAAGAAGAAUCCCUUCUAAUUCAGAUCCUUAUUCCUAGAAAAUGGAUCUUUCUCAUCAAUAACAACAAUCCUUUAACUAACAGAACAAGAUUCCACUCAGGGAAAGUGGGGGUGAAAACAAGUGAUUUCUAUAAUAGCACCAUAAAUUACAAAAUUCCUCUCCAACUCUCAAUUUUGUGGAGAAUCCCAUUCAUUAACAAUCAUGAAGUAAAGAGAAUGAUUCUCCGCCUGCUGUGUGGGAGACAUUUCUCUCAGGCUGCAGGUUGUCAAAAUACCAUGUGGGUAAAGCUAAAAUAUACAGCAUUUCUUCCUUGUCCAAAUGUCCUAACCCAUGGGGAGAGAGCCAUAAUAUUUGGAAGACCUUUAAGGGUAUACUACUACCAUCACCUCAUUGAAAGAAUGGCAUCAGGAAAAUUUCACAAAUCAACCUGUGCUAAAGGGAAAGAUGGCUUCCAUAUUUUUGUGAGGCCUGUGUUCUAUAUCCCAUGGUCCCAAAUUCAAAACACACUUAAUAGAAAAGCUUUUGAGGAUCAUUUGAGAUCUCACCAUAGCAUGAGGGUUGUGAUCAUAAGCACCGAUGAUGGUUGGAAAUAUUUAUGUCCCAUUUGUGGGAGUAGUUUCAACAAUUUUGUUGAAUUUAGACAACAUUCCUGCAGCUUUCAUGGGAAUUAA